GGUGCCUGAUGAGACCAUGUGGUACAAACGUCAAACAAAUACAAAACAAACUUCCAAAAUCGUGUGUGAAAUUCUGCAAAAAAUGGCUAAAAUGCCGAGUUUCCGCGCGAAAAAAUCACCAAAAUCGUCAGCUAAGAAGCCCAAGAGUGUAGGGAAUCUCCCGGGGACGAAAUUUGAGGCAAGGGUUCAAUUGCUGGAGCAAGAAAUUAAAUUUGCCCAGGCACUUGCCGGACACGAGCCAAGAAUUCAGGCAAAAGUCCUGAAAAAUCUGAAGAAAUGGCUAGCAUUGCGUUCCAAGAGCUCCUAUCCUUUUACCAAGGCGGACUUUUUGAGGUUAUGGAAAGGCUUGUACUAUGCAAUGUGGAUGUCAGACAAACCGCUCGUUCAGGAGGAAUUGGCAGAGGAUCUUGGUGGUCUGCUGCAUCUAUUUGCAACUCCAGAAGUUAGUCUUCAGUUCUAUGAGGUUUUCCUGCAGACAAUGAACCGGGAAUGGUACGGAAUUGAUCAGUGGAGAAUCGACAAAUUCAUGAUGCUCAUCAGAAGAGUGACUAGGCAGGCUCUGGUUAUCUUGAAGGAGAAUAGUUGGCGAUUGGAUUUGGUAAAGCAGUUCAGGAAGGCGUUUAAAAGCCACAUUUUUGGUCAGAUUCGUGUCUCAAUUGGAUUGUCCAUGCAUUUCCUGGAUUUGUACCUCGAGGAAGUGGCCAAGGUGUCUGAGGGGAGCCUCAAGAAGGCGACAGUGACCAGUUUAAUUCGACCCUUUAUCACAAUUCUAGCCACGAACUCAGAAGGCCGCAUUACAGGUGCCAUUGUCCGGAACAUUUUCGACGGACUCCUGCAGCAGAGUGACCUGGGACGUCAGCAUAGGGAGAAAUUUGAUGCAUGGAAGAGUUUUGGUUUUCCAACUGCCUCAAUUGACGACCUGGAAAUGGUUGAAGGGGAGAGUGAUGCAGAGAGCGAAGAAGCAGAGCAAGAAGGCGGCGAGAUAGCUCCAGAGGAGAAAAUAGCCCUGGAUCCACGUGCAGGACGUGUCAAUGUUGUCCUCCAUGAGAUAAAGUUUAAUCCGAAGGGAAUAAUAAAAGCCCUGGAAAAAGCCUACUAUGCUUCCAAUACAAAAUCCAGAGCCAGGAAAACUUUGAGGAAGAUUAUGGUGAAAUUUGAGAAGUACGCUCAAGGAAUCUAUCCUCUGGGCAUUCAUAGGGUCCCUGUGAUCAAGGAGGAAAUUGCCAAGAUGCCGGACUUGGAGGAGAAAGCGAUAGAGUUGGAGGAAUUCGAGAAAGAUCUCAUGAAUUCGACAAAACUCCUGAAAACCCUGACAAAACCCGAAAGGAGGCGAUUUAUGAAGAGUGGCUUGAAGAUUGAGGAAUUUGUCAAGCAGCUCCAGAAGACAAAGCCCAAAAUCAAUGGAACCACUUCCAAUUUAACAAAUGGCAUCACCGAAACGUCCCUUCCGGACGCCACUUUGACAAUCAAAAAGAGGAAAAAGCGUCAGGAAAAAACGACAAAAAACAAAGUGCCAAGGUUCACAGAAGAGCCAUUGGAUGAAUGGGAAAAGCCCCUGGAAGAAGGGGAGUAUGAAUAUUUCCUCCCAUCGACGAAGAAGCGUCUCCAGGAACUAAAAGAAUCCGCCCAAAAUGAGAGCACCGUAGUUAAUCCUUUUGCACUCAAAGCCAAAAAGUUGGCCAAGAAGAAAAACAAGGUAGAGGAGUCUCCGGGAGAAUCGAGUGCAAAGAAGAGGGUAAGAAUUGCCCUGGAAAUGAAUACAUCUCAAGAUACUGAGGAGUACUUGAGGCAAGUCAGGAGCUCUCCACAAAUUCCCUAUGAUUCAGAUAAAAAGCCAGCAAAAGGUCUCCUGAAGCCCAACUUAAUACCCGGUCCGAUAAAUCCGUACUACAAAAGGAAGAUUCAUUUCUAGUUUAAUAGAAAAAUUGUUAUUUUUAAUAAAUAAAAACGUAAAAAAAAGAAAUUUUAAA